AUGUUUAUUGGAGUCUGCGUCGGGUCAAAUGGCGGGAACUCGUUUGAGCUCGCAGAAGUAUUGAAGAGAGACCUUCAGAGCAUCCUCUCCUCUGGUGAGGCAGGAAAGGUAGUAGAUGGGGGAAAUGGGACAGAUAGAAGUAGAACUAGCGAUGAAGCUGCAGAUGUUAAAGACGCUUUUGGAGGUGCAGCUGCAUCUGAUGAGAUUAAUCAAAAAUCAAAAACAAGUGAAAAUUUUUGUUUUGACAGGAUAGAGAGACAGAGGGUAGUAAAUAAUCUCUCUAUAGAGGUAGAAGAGAUGGACUCUAUCUGCAUAGACAAGCUGCACACUGCAAGUUUAGUGAUAUUUGUGUGCUCUACAACCGGGGAUGGGGAUGCUCCGUACAAUAUGCAGGCCUUCUGGCAGGAAAUAAAAAGAAAGAGCUGGAACGGUGCAUUCUCUUUCUACUUCUGCGUGGUUGGGCUGGGUGACUCAAGCUACAAGAAGUACAACUAUGCAGGAAAAAGGCUGUUCAACAGGCUGAAGCAGGUGGGAGGCAUUCCCCUGUGCAGAAGAUGUGACUGCGAUGACAUGGACCCAAUGGGCGUGUACUCCGAGUACAAGAAAUGGCUGGUAGAACUGAAAGAUGCGAUUUUGAAAGAUAGCAUGCUAAAAGAUAGUUUGUUGAAAGAUAGCAGCACAUCUAUCUUCGAAAAAACUAAAGAGAACAGCACAAGUGCAGUGUUUCUAGAUAAGAAUUUACUCUCUUCCAAUGACCUACUAUCAUACGGGUCCAUGUACUCGGCUGUUUAUGAGUACAAUUUCAGAAUAGAAAAAAAUAAUUAUGAGUACUCGGUGGGUGAUGUGUUGUCCAUCAUCCCCACUAACACCGACUAUAGAGCAGUCUCGUCUCUCAUAUUUCUUGAUGACGCUGACUUUGUUUCAAAACAUUUGGACUACAACGCUGUUCCCAUGCAGCAUAAGAUACAACAUCUCUAUGAAUUAGUGGCUGCCGGAGAGCAUGCACAUAUUUUCUGCCCCCCUGAGUCUCUUUCUCUUUACAUGGACAAGCUGAAAGAAAUAUCCACUUCGUAUGACGCUUACUACUCGUACAUUCUCCAAGAAAAAAGAUCGUUUAAAAAUGUUCUAGUCGAUUUCUACAUCAAAGUCUCUGUAGAGUCAAACUUGUUCCGGAAAAUACUCCCAAGAUACUACACCAUCAGCAAAAGAAACGGCAGUUUAUAUUCCAUCACAGCAGGAAAGAUCGAAGUGCUCCAUAAAAACAAGAAAAUACUGGGCGUGUGUUCUGAGUAUUUGUACAAUUUAGAAAAAAAUAGCGAAGUGACAGUGGACAUAAAAAAAAGCCAUUUGGUUCUUGACGAAGACAUUUUGGUAAUUAGCACAGGCACCGGGAUAGCCCUGGGAAGGACUAUUCUUAACGAAUGUCUCAUGGGCCGCAUGAAAAUAAACAGUCUCUCGAUCGUCUUUGGAUUCAGAGAGCUAGGUGUAGAUUUCCUGCACUCAUCUGAGCUGCAGAAUGAAAGCAUGAAAAUGUUUCAAAAUAACGGAUACAUGUACAUUCUUAGCGAAGACAGAAGCUUUCAUGUAAAGAUUUUUAUCUGUCCAUCUAGAAUAAGAAAUGACAGCGGGUUUUUAUCAAAACACGGGAUAGACUCGGAAAUCGUUAGAGAGAAGAACUACUUAAACGGCAUCCUAGAAAUAAUAGAUAAAGAUGAGCUAAAAAAGAGCAUAAUCCUCUGCGGGAGUGUGCGCCUCUUGAAAACCAUCCCAUCAGUGCUCCAAAGAAUAACCAAUAUGAGUAUUAAGCCGCAAAGUGAGUGCUGGUAA